AUGCUAAUGAGCAAGCCAGGCGUUUUGCCUUUGUUCGUUUGCAGUAAGAAAACUUGGGUUUCAGCAAGAAAUUCCCCUGGAGAGAGAACCUUUUUGAAGCUGCCAAACAAGGUAGCCGGUACGACUUUAUCCACCAGGCCGGAGGAAAAUCCAUCGCUUGCUUGGACAUCGAGGGCGCUGCAUUAUGCUGAGGGCUCCUUUUCCGAUGAUUGUGCUCGGAUCAAGCUGGAACAGGCGAGUGGGACCCAGCACGUGAGCGGUGUCCCUUCAGAUUUGGACAGGGCGCAUGUACCCGGAAUUGUCUUUUGGGCCGACAAGAACGGGCUUCUCCAGCUCACGUGUGAUGCCGGGUGGAAGUUCGAGGUGCCGGAGAACUUCCGCAAGCCCAUCAUGUACAGGUGCAAGAUGGGUGCUGUGGGUUUCUCAGUCUCCUGCUGUGCUGAUCGAGAAACUCGCUUCUUGGAUGAGCGUGAGCAGGCAAGUCUGGCCUAUGGACUCAAGACCAUGUAUCGGAAGAGAAUGAUUGCAGAGAGCCAAGAACAACUUGAGAAUUUGGACCUUUGGCACAUUGGACAAGCUUUGCUGAGCAGUCCGGCGUUGGGGCAGGAUGCCAAACGCAGACUUCUGCAGGCUCAACAUAAGGUCACGUCUGAGAUAGAAGGCAUCCUGGAAGCGAGCUCAGCACAUUUUGGCAUGUCGAUGAAGGCGCAGGUUUACAAUCUACAGGUGAGUCUACAGAGUCUCAGGACUCGGCUUGCAACAAGCGCGUCGCCAGUUCCUGGGGAAGUUCUCUGCAGAGUUCUGGCAGCAGACAUUGCAAAAGUGACACGCCAGGCCAAGAUUGUGGGCGUGGCUUUGCCAGGCAGGUUUCCUAUGAUGAUGGAGGCCGACAGCUUUCAGGAGCUAAUGCUGGCCGUGCAGAACGCUCAGAUCGGGCAGAGCCUCCAACAGGAAAUUCUGGAGAUUCUUGAAGACCUGCAGCAGAUCUUCCUGGAGCCAGAUCAACCCGCCAAGCUCAUGUGCAGUGUGUGCAGGGCCCUGGUCCCUCACUUUUCUUUUGAGAACUGCUCUGACGAGGCGAAGUGGGUUCUGCAGCACCUCUCCAAGGUGUUCCGCAGCAAGGUCCGCAAAUUGCAGUUCUCGGAGGAGAUCCCAGAUCUGGUGGCGGAUCUGGACCAAGCCGCGCAGGAACGCGGCUGCGUCUGGCAACAGCUUGGUUCGGUGGCUGCCCUCACGGAUGCUGUUGGCUACAUCAAGAGGAUUGACCUCCAGGUACGAAGAGGCUUUAUAAAUUCUACUCUGGGUGACCGCGCAGAAGUGGAGGCAGCAAUCAGGACGAUGAAGGCUGAGCUGCGUCAGCUCAUCUACAAGAGUGCUGGCAGCCCCGAAGGUUCCGCAGGACUCCUCAGUGACGAGGAGGAGCAGAGUCUUUGUGAGCUCGUGCGUGCGCAGAAGGAAGAGACAGAGCAGACGUAUUCCGAAGGAAUGCUUAGUACAAAGGAGAGGGAUGAUGAAGCCAAGUACAGCAAAGCCGUCCGAUCUUCAAUGUAUGAUGCGCAGAGCGAAGGGAACGACUUCAACAUGUUGGACAGGCUCCACAGAGAGGAGUUGGUCAAGCUUGGUACCCUUGUUCAGGAGCUGCAGAGUCGAAGGGUGCGGCUGCAAAUGCAAAAAUGCGAGGAUGUGCCGCAGCUAGACGAAACGAUACGGCUGUGCAGGGCACAGGAGGCGUGCUGGCGCCAUCACUUGCAAAACCUGAAGGACAACGAGACAGCGGUGCGGCAGAAGAGCAGGACAAUCGAGGAUCAACAGCGGAAUGCCCUCACAAAUUCUGCGAGCACACAGAGAGAGCUUCUGGCGUUGUACAGGGAGCGUGACAGGCUGUGCAAUCAGAUCAGUUAUGAACUACAGAGAAAGGCAGAUCUCGAACAUGAAUUAGAAUCAGAAAGAGAUGCAGAUCUCGAACGAAAGAAGGUCGCCGAAGAAAUUCAGUGUGAAAUACGAGACUUAAGAAGAGCAGCAGACCUUUGUCACCCUUUUUUUCACCGCGAGGCCAAGGAGCAAAUCGGGCAGAAGAUCGAGGAAAAGAGCAGGAGACGCACAGAGAUCUACAAGCACAUCGAGGAAAAGAACGGGAGACUCACAGAGCGCAUCCAGAAGGCCAAUGUCAAGCUCAAGGACCUGAAGAUAGAACUUUCAGGGAAAGAGCAGGAGAUACAACGCAUGGAGAAGGACUUCAACCAGCUUGGCGAGGAAGAGCAGCAGGUGCGGUUGAGGGGUAGAUAUUGCGACAAGGACUCCAGCACCGUGGCCGAAUCCUUUCAGAAGGCAUACAACCUGUCGAAUAGGCUUCAGUCCAAGACCUUGGCCUUACAAGGCCUCAAAGAUUCUGUCGAGCAAAAGAUCGAAGAUGAAGAGGAGAACCUUUGCCAGCAGUGGGAGAAGAUCUGCGAGGCGCGGGAGUCGAUUGGCGACUCCGAGGGCUACGCUUCGAAGCUGCUCCUCGCAUCUGCCCGGAGGAGCUUCGCGGAGAUUGAGCGCUCCAUCUGCGCUGUGGGGCUCCAGGAGACUGCGCAGGAAGGGCGGCGGCUCCGCCAGGAGCACGCGAAGCUGGGCGAGCAGAUUGCCGGCGCAGAAGAGAGGCAGAAAGCUUUGGAAGAGAGGUGCUGCGAAGUCAAGCUUAAAGCUCAGGAAGCGGAGCAGGAGGUGAACGAGAAAACCUUGGAGUAUCACAAAUGCAUUCAGAGGCGGAACGCCAUUGACAUGGAGCUGAAGGUGGGUGCAGAAGGCAAGAUCGCCCUGUGUCAGGAGCAGCUGGUCACCACGGAGGCAGCGAAGGAGGCUGCGCAAGCCGACCUUCAGAGGGCCAAGCUGCAAAUCUUGCGUCACAAGGUGUUUGGGAGGCUCAAGCAUGUCGGAAUGCACCGCAAUGUCAAGCAGGCGGAAGAUCUGAACCACUCAAACGUGAUCAAGACGAGGGCGCAUCGCGACUGCCAAGAGGAUCGUGAUGGCCGACGCCCUGAAGGAAUGCAUCCAGUUUGCAAUUACUUCCAGGUCUUGGACAAAGCACUAAAGGUUAUGGUGCAGGAGGGAAAAGCACCCAAGGAAUUCUGGGAGGAGGUCAAAAUGAAGCAAGAGUGGGACCAUGUCCGUGAGCACCACAGCCAAGACUUGCUCCAAGCUUUUGAAGUUUUGAAGCAGGAGCUGACCCGAUAUGAUGAUGACGCAGCUUCCACAGUGGCAGAGUACACCGACAGACUUGAAGCCACCAAGCAAGAAUUGGAAGCGGCUCAGAUGCUUCUUUCGAGCCGAAAGAGGCUCGACAGCUACAUCACCAUCGGUCGGCGCGGCAAAGACACUGCAAGUGAACCUUCCGUGGCAAAAAGGCUCCUUCAGGGGCUGGAUCUACUAGUUUUGGAUGGGUCGACACAGGUCGCCAGCUCCUUCGGAACCAAGCCAAUCAGCAACUUCUUCGAAGAACACCUCUUUCCUAAACUGCCCCCAGUUUCUCCGGAUGAAGCAGCGGAUGCCCAGAAAGCUUUCGGAUACCUGCUUAGGGACCAGGGCCUCACGAACAAAGAGUUGGACCUUUCACGCCCUCUCCAUGCUCUCCAUGUCACGGAUGGAGCUGAGAUGUUGCACUCAGGGGCUUGGGAGCUUCUGCGCGAAGCCCUAAUACGACGUUUCAAAUCCAGUUCGAACGACCCAGCAACGUUGCCGAAGCUCUUGGAGUUGGAGCAGGCGAAGAAGGGAUUACAGGAAGUUUGCCAAGAGAUUACCCGUUGCCAGCUCGACCUAGAUUUGCAAGGAAGAGGCCUAGUGCAGUUGAAGGAGAGAGAGGAGCAUAUCAAGAAACUUCUGCAAUGGAAUGAGGCCGAAGCGAACAGCCUGGCUCAGGCAAGCAGCUCCGAGCAGCAGCUUCAGCGCAUGCUGUCCAUGUACGGCCAAAUGCAGGCAGCAUCGGAUGAGGAGAGCCGCAAAGACGAAGAGCUCAUGAAGCAAAAGCAGGCUGAACUGCAGGCCAAGUCCUUUGAGUUGGCUUCUGCCAAGUCCCAGUUGGAUCCACAACUCGUUGAGAGCGUGGUCCGGCUGCUGCAUGCAAGCUCCCAUGCAAUGCGAUUCGGCUUGAACAUCGACAGCCUCGCAGCUGGGCAGGUGAACUGCGUGUACUGCCCAGGAGCAAGCUCUGAGUUCAUGGGCGCGCUUGAAGCCUUUACACGCCAGCUAGCCAAGGAGAUCAACAGCGGAUCAGUCCGCUUGACAGCGAGAUCGAUCCCUUCCAGCAAGCUGCAGGCCAUCCUCAGCAAGUUGCCGAAUGUCUGUAGUGAGCAUCAGUCAGACCCAGACCUGCUGUCAGCGUCGAGGUACAUCUUUCAGGAGUUUCAGAGGAAGAGGCAGGACAAGAUGCUGGAAGUUCAGCAUUGCCGUGAGGGCCUCAAGGCUGACAUUCAGGCGCUCACCAACAGGAAAAAAAUCCGCGAUGAAUUCUGGAAACCUGCAGCCGCAGCGCGAGUGAAUCUCAUUCGGGACUUUUUGUCGUUCCUUGGGCAGAAGGUGGUUGCGGCGUCCCGUGUCCAGCGACACCCCAAGCUCCAGGAGUACAAGCUCCAGCGCGCGACGAAGAGCUUUGUGUACCAGCUGGAAGUACUGACCAGUGUCUUUGGUCAUAAAGAGCUAUGUGACGCUGUUCAAGCCUUGGCUCCGAUGAAGCAGAAGUGGUGGUGCCGUGCAGUGCUGGAAGUCUUGGAGCCGUACCUUGAAAUUCCCAAAAGCGCUGACCGUGAUGACCCGAAGCAGGUCUUGGACGUGAUGGUCAGCUCCCUGAAGCUCGCUGCCAGCAAAGGUUUCUCGGACACUGAUCGGCUCCAGCAGCUCAUUAAGAAAAAGAGGCCUGGAACGGGUGGCGCAGAGUACUUGCUGAAGAAGCUCUCCUCCCGCCUGCAUGAAGAUGAAGACCAGGCAGGGUCUAAGCCAGGGUUGCUGCGCCGGGCGGCACGUGCCUUGGCUUCGCGGUUAUGGUCCGAAGCAGGAGCUCCAGACUGCAAGGACUUCACAGACCCUUGGGUUGUUUACAAAUGUCAGCUUGAGAGCAAGGAGGCCACGCGGGAGGCUGAUUUCAGAGCAGAAGUCGCCAAGAAGGAAGAAUCCAUUGCCCGUCUCGAGAAGGAGAAGGCGCAGAUCUUGUUCCAGGAUACAGCAGAGGAGGACUACACAGUGGAUUGCCUCGAUCGGUGCAUUGCCUGCCUGGAGAAGAGUGCUGGUUUCCUGGCCUUGGAACGGCGCUUCACAUCUCAUGAAGAAAUACGCGGCAGCAGCGCAGACUAUGUCGUGUUCCAGCAUGCGGGCAGGCAGGUUGCGAUUCGCCUUUUGCACUCAGAUCCAUUGGCGAAGGGUGAGGAGAUCCAGGAGAUCCAGAGAGUCCGGGGCAACGCCGACUUUGUGAAAGACGAGCUCUCUCAUCUUGUGGUCCGGAAGCAACGCCUGGCCCAAGAAGUGGCGGAGGCUUUGCAGCAAUGCGGCUCCAUGGACUUGCGGCAGAUCCAGUUGCGCCUGCGCACCCUGGGUCUUUGCCUGGCGGGAUAUGAUUCCUUCGACAAUGGCCAGGAAGUUACGGGCAUCGACAGCCUGGUGUCUGUAGCGUUGGAUGCGCUGCUUGGCCAGACUAACCCCUACAUCGUGGAUGGUGUUAACAACACCUCGCUGGCCCUUGAGCAGCAGACAAAGCAGCUUGUGAGCGACUGGGGCGGGGAGGAGUCAAAGGACUUGGGCAAGAUUCUCGACUUUGUCAACCAGCAUUUUGCAUCUCCCCAAGCCAGGCUCACGGAGGCUCGGCUGCUCACCUCUCAACAUCGGGACUACGUACCGCUUGAGAUUCCUUGGUCCAACGUCGAAUGCUGCCGUGAGGUAAAGCUUGCUAUUCUGCGAGUGCAAGAUCUGCGAGUGCAAGGCCUGCGAGUGCAAGAUCGGUUCUUCCUCAUCGUUCCCAUUGGGAAGGCCAAGAUGUUUCAGGAUAAUGCUGCCAUCGACCUGAAGCUUCGAAUAUCGCACCUGACAUCACAGUUGAAGGGCGAAGAGGACUUGUGGGCUGCACUGUGCCAUGCAAGGUUCCAGGAAGUGCAUAAGUGCAGCCUCUCUGAUUCCACGACCCUUGCGGCUGGCUUUAGGGACGAGCGUGCCAAUCUUGCGAAGGCGUGGUCCGUGCAAGAUUGCCUGCGAAGUCACGGCAAAGUAGCUGGCAGCAUCUUGUCAUGA